AGCAUUAGUUCUCCGUCAGUACAGUAGAGUAGAACCUAUUCAAAAAUCAUGUGCUCCAAAUUUGGAUUGAUUUUCCUGAUUUUGUGCUUUUUCGUCGGUGCCGGUCUUUGCAUGGACUGCAGCAAAAAUCCAUCCGAUUCUGCAAAACCCGAGCACAAGUUGAGGUACCAACUUUUCUGCAAAGGCGAGUACGACCCUCUAGUGCGGCCGGUCAAGAACCACGAGGACAACAUCACUGUCAGCGUUUAUUUAAUUGUCAAGUUCUUCAGUGUAGACGAAAGAAGCAAUAAGUUUUUGGUGCACAGCUGGGUGAUGACGGAAUGGUUUGACGCGGACCUAGCUUGGACACCUUCGGAACACAAUGGUAUUGAACGUCUUUAUGUGUCCAGCAGCGCCAUUUGGCUUCCAGACUUAGCGAUUCUCAAUUCGGACAUGAGUCAAACAAUGCUGUACUCGUCCACUGACUGCACGGUGGAGAGUACCGGCAAGGUCAAGUGCGCACCGGACCUUCAGGCACCCCUUUACUGUGACGUAAAUUUGCAGAAGUGGCCGUAUGACACGCAAAAGUGCAUCCUGUACAUCGGCUUGUGGGCACACACUAGCAACCUCGUUGACAUUGUUCUUCACCAAGAGGACUCUAGGAAUUAUGUGCUCAUGAAAAGCGGCAGAUGGGAACUUCUCAAAUUGACGUCGCAGAGAGACUCGAUCAAUGACGGAAAUAAUUUAGCCCACCCUGAACUCAUAUUCGACUUUGAGUUGCGACGACACGCUGCCAUGCACGCAGCCUCUGUCAUCGGACCUGCCUUUGCACUUGCUGGAUUGACGAUGUCUACCUUUCUUAUGAAGAGCCUUGCAAUGAGAUGCGUGAUUUGCUGCACUGGAAUAAUAUGCAACACCCUGUUCCUUCAAUACGUUGGAUGGAACUUGCCAGCUGAUGGAGACACCUGCCCCACCAUAAUUUCCUUUUACCGAGACACUUUUAUUUUGAACCUGACGGCACUUUUGCUCGCCAUAAUCACGGACCAAAUGCGAUCCGCCGGAGAUGGAGGGUGCACUGACCUUUGCGGGGGUCAAGCGCCAGAGUGGCUGGUCGGCGCUGCAACCUUUGUGAGGGGUCGGGGCGGCAAGGCAGGUCAACUCAUUCUUGGCGAAAACAAUCCUCAGCCUGAGGAAAUUUCGCCGCAAGAUUCCAAGGAAGGUGGGAUCCCGCAGUGCAAGACAUUUGCCACGUUUGUAGACCGCACAUCAUUCCUUGCGUUCGGAAUUGUCCAAAUAUCCAUGCUCAUAGCACUUAAUAUGGUCUCCAAGUUAAGUUUUCUUCUUUUUGUACUUUUGUGCUUCCUUGUCGGUCCGGGCCUUUGCGUCGACUGCAGUAAAAGUCCAACCGAUGCUGCAAGACCCGAGCACAAGUUGAGGUACGAACUUUUCUGCAACCGGGAGUACGACCCUCUGGUGCGGCCGGUCAAGAAUCGCGAGGACACUAUCACGGUCAACGUGUCUCUGGACUUAAAAUACAUCAGUGUUGACGACCACAGCAAUCAGUUUUGGGUGCACAGCUGGGUUGUUACGAAAUGGUUGGACGUUGAUCUAAUAUGGCAACCUUCUGACUACAGUGGCAUCAACCUUUUGUCUGUUUCAAGCGGAUCCAUUUGGCUCCCGGACUUGGCAAUUUACAACUCGGACAUGAGCCAAAUAAUGCUUUACGCGUCCACUGACUGCGUGGUGAUGAGCACCGGCCAAGUAAAGUGCGCGCCAGACCUGCAGGCGCCCAUUUACUGCGACAUGAAGCUGCAGAAGUGGCCGUUUGACACGCAAAACUGCUCGCUCUUCAUCGGCUCGUGGGCCAACAGCGGCAACCUUGUCGACGUCAUCCUCGACAGGACGGGGUUGAACCAGUACAGCUUCAUGAACAGCAACGCCUGGGAACUGCUCAAGGUGACGCCUUCCAGAAACGCUUACACCUACGCCAACAACAUGUCCUACCCUUACAUCCGCUACAACUUUGAGGUGCGGCGACACGCGGCUAUGUACGCGGCUUCUGUCAUUGGGCCUGCCUUUGCACUCGCUGGUUUGACGUUGCUCAGCUUCCUACUGGACAACCUGGCUGUCCGGUGCUUGAUUUGCUGCACUUCCCUCAUUUGCGACACCCUGUUUCUUCAAUACGUCGGCUGGUUCCUUCCCGCGGACGGAGAUACAAGCCCCACCAUAAUUUCCUUCUACCGGGACACAUUGAUUUUGAACCUGGCGGCAAUAGCAAUUGCAAUAAUCACUGACCAAAUGCGAUCCGCCGGAGAGGGAGGGUGCGCUGACCUUUGCGGGGGUCAAGCGCCCGAGUGGCUGGUCGGCGCUGCAACCUUUGUGAGGGGUCGGGGCGGCAAGGCAGGUCAACUUCUGCUCGGCGAACAUGACCUCGAGCAACAGUCCGAGGACUCCUCUGAAGUGUUGUCGCCGAGGGAGUCGGAGAAACGGGGAAUUCCGCAGUGCAAGAUGUUCGCCACUUUUGUCGACCGCAUCGCUUUCCUUGUGUUUGGAAUCGUUCAGUUAGUCAUGCUCAUCGCACUUGUGCCAUAAAAUUACACCCAGAGAAAUGAAAUUACAAUGAGUUAAAAUAAUAUAUUCUGUAAAAGUAAAAAAACAAAUAAAAACACUGACA